CGCGGUACCUGAAAUGUAUACGAUAUCUAAUAUCUAUGCAAUAUUCUUAUCACAGUUUCAUUGAUAAACAUUUACAUGUAUUCUUCAUAACCACUGUCCACGGUCUUGUAAAUAGAUCUGGAAGGUGCAGCUCUCAUACAACAACCAGACUAAUUUAAAUAGGUAAUAUUGUAUGCAUGAUAAUUGUAUUAAUUUUAUUAUAUUAAGCACGAGACGACGGUAUAUCCGCGUGUGCUGUUUCAGUCCAACUCACGGGCAGUAUAACAUCUACCUUGCUCGGACUGUGUAAAACUCGUUUAAUUUUGGUUUUAGAGUAAAGCAUAUAUUGUAAAAUUAAAAGAGGACAAUGUUCCGGAGGGCCAGACGAUGCGGUUUUUUUUUUUUUAAAUUUAUUUUCGAAAUAUCAGUCGUUAAAAAUGAUGAAUUAGUUUUUAUUUCUAAACGAAUGUACCUAGGUAUUGAAUGUUGUAUCUGGAAUGAUAGGAAAAAUACAUCGUCUUGCCUUCCGAAAUAUUGUCUUCUUUUAAUUUUAUAAUAAGCAGGUUAUUUUAUUCUAAAACCGGAAUAAAGCGAAUUCUACGGAGACCACUUGAAGUGAAUUCUGCUAUAUUGCCCAAAAGUUGAACCGAGACAGUACAUGCGAAUGUAGCGUCCUUUUAAUUUGUGGUAGGGACAACGUAUAUCUUCUCGUGUAGAAAAAUAUGUUUAAGAACAAUUAUUAUUUGUCUUGAGGUACACGACCGUAGUAAAAACUUAAUACGGUUUGUAAUGUUUAUGUUAUUAACAUAUAUUAAUUUUGUAAUUUAAGUUCAUAGAGCGCGUAGGUGCGCCCUUUAGACAUGUACAUAUUUGGUUUAUAUAGUCUACGGCCCACACCAUGGAGUUUGAACGUUUCUGAUCUGAUCGACAGUAUUUCAACCGGCAUUUCUUUACAGAUAAUAAAGAAAUGGUUAAGCUAUUCCUAUAACCUAAGCUGACUUUUAUAAAAUAAUUGUAUACGAUCUAAGCCUAUAACAGUACUGCAAGAGAGACGAUGUUCCCUGAUAGGCGGAAAACCGAAGCGAUUUAUCAAUCAUAGUCAUCGCUCAUCACUGUAUGAAUAAAACGCCUCACUGAAUCAAUUUUGGAAUAACUGUACCCGUCCCUUUUGGAAGUUGAUAGUUGGAACACUGAUCAGAUAUGGAAAGCCUGCGUAUAAAAUAUGGCCACCAGUCACCGCUAGCGACUAGCGUUCAUCAUAGAAUAAUUAAUUAAUAAUAUUAUUGCCGAUUUUUUUCAUCCUUACCCGUUACCGUAUCGAAGUAAUAAAACGAUAUCAAUGAUACCAUACCAUCUCUCGGUCACAGUUAAUAUAAAUUAUUAUCUAUUAACCGGGCAUCCUGAUAGCUGCCAAAUUGAUAUCAGAUGCAAUAUGGGCAUAUGGCCCGAUGGCCGACACUGACGUAAAAUGAGCAAUGUCCAUGUCUUUAUUACCUAUCAAUACAUUUUUUUAACCAACGUAUCUACUGUCUACCCACAUCCAGCUUGGAUACAUAAAAAUAUACAUCAUUUUAUAUAUCUGCGGUCUGGGCAUCUGAUAUCAUUAGAAAUGUUGAAACGUUUUUAUCAUAUACGUCAUGAACCGAAAAAAAGUUUGUACUCGCAAUAUUUUUCGAUGACUGUUGUCAAAUAAAUAAAUACGAAUCGUUAUUUUCUUUAAACUCGUAUAAUUUGAAACUUCAUUUUCGUAUACGAAAUACGAUACGCAGCAGAAAAUACAAUAUUUUGAAUUACUAUAUUUUUAUCUCAUUAUCAAUGUUGUGUUAUUUGUAAAUACGUAGGUCCAAACAUUGUAUUGAGAAAAUGAUUGUAAAUCAAAAUAAAAUUACCUGAUCGUUUUAAUUUUUCAAAACAAAUUGAAAAGAAUUACGGUAUGGACCACGAGUUAAUCCGUGGUAUGGACAUAUUUAAAAUGCUUUUUACUUAGGUUGGUGGUAUAGGUAUUUAAUAUUUAUUAUAUUAUGGUAAAUUGUAAAUGCUUAUCAUUUUUAUUUAUUUAAUUUAAUUAUCUUAAAAUUGGUUAAUGGAAAUUAAAAACAGUACUGAUAUUAAAAAUUUGAAACACAAUUUUUUUACCACUAGCAUUUAAAAGUACCUAUGUAAAAAGAAAAUGACCAAGGAUUAAUAUUUAUGUAUUUUUAAUGAUGAAAAGGAUAUUUUUUAAACAUUUUCCUAGUAAAUAAUAAUAAUUAUGUUACUUUGUUGAUAAAUAUUUCAUAAUAUUGGAAACAAAUUGUCUACAGUUAUUCACAAACUGAAGUUCAUCAAAAAACAAAAUCGAAAAUACGGAAAUUAUUAUUAUGUAAAUGUUAUAGUUUUUGUGAUGAUUUUUCUCAAUUUUCUCUAUUGGUUAUUAAUAAGAAAACUGUGAUCGACCGGUAUUUUACUUUGGUAUUUAAAUCGGAAGUUUCGACAAGAGAUCGAUGUAAACAUAUCAUUUUCGACACCAUAAAAAAAUAUUUUUUUAGCCAUUUGAAUAGUUUGUCGAUAACCGAAAGAAAUUGUUGGGAGCUGAGACCCGGUUAGAGCCAAAUUAUUUAUAAGAAAUAACUUUACAUGUAUAGAGUUCUUUGAAACGAUUGAAAAUGAAAAAAAUGCACCUCUAAUAUAAAAAACACCUGUACAUUUAUGUUCAUAUAACUGUAUAAUUAUUAUCAAUUAAUUGUUACUUCAAAAUUGACUGCAUGAAUAUCUCUUUAAUGUAAUAAUGUAAACAUCGAAAUAAAAUUCCAUGGUGAAUGGUGAAUUUUUUAUUUAGGCAAGGGGCCGGUAUACGGAAAUGAAAAGUUGGACAAUUCUACCGACAGGACAACCGACUGAUAAUCAGAAUACCAAGCAAAAUACCGACAGGAUCAAUGUAAUGUUAUUUAAUACCGUGUAAUUUAUAAUUAUAAUUAUAAAGAUCGGGGGAGAAAGUGCAGUUGACCAGGUCACGAUCGACAUAAAUAUAAAUAAAAUGUUCGAUAAACAUUAUAAUCGCGUUCGUAAGACGGAGACAGUAGACGUCGGUGUAGCGCCCUCUUAAGUUGAAUGGAGUAUAGUAGGUCAUUCGCAUCUUAUGUUAUAAAUUCAUGUUACACAUAAACUUAUGUUACUAUUUAUUAUAGAUAUAGAUAAAAUGUAAAUGUUUGAACAACGUAUUUUUUCGUGAAGGUAAAUAUUUAAUUUUAUCAUUCGACGUUUGUUUAAUAGUUUACUUUUGUCCAAUUAAUUUAAACUUGUGAUGACUAUCCGUUGAAUGACUCAUGUUACGUUUUCGGUGGGAUUUCGGCAUGCAUACGACCCACUCGCUAUGGUUCACGUCAUAUCACUGAGUAGUCGGUAAUCACUAGUCAGCAAUAGGUUUUUAUCCGUAUCUGUGAUAUACACACGAUUAUUUUGUUCGAAUUACACAUAAACCUUAAUACAUUAUACUAAGCCCACCCUGCGUGGUCCGUCUAUUAGGUAAAAAGGUCAAUGGAAUUUUAUAGAUUUUAUGUUAUCGAACGUUACGGUUACCUACGGAAAAUAGUGAUAACCGAUUUGACAGUUACCGCUUAAAAUGAAUUAACCUUUCAAAUAUUUCAAACGCGUAAAUAGGCGUCACACAUUUUAUCAGGAAAAAGUAUUGGUGUAAUGUAUAACCUAAAUCAAAUUUCGCGUACUAACCAGACGUAGUACGAAACAAAUGUACUUACAUCUGUUAUAACUGUAUAUUGAACGAAUGGGAAAAAAAACAAAAUGUCUGUAACAUCCGAACUCGACCCGUAUAUAAUAGAUAUACAUAACGGAACAAUGUAGAUAAAUAUUUAUCUCCUCGGCGUUAUAGAAAUAAACGGUUUGGUAUUGUUUUAAUGUGUGAUUAAAUUGAUAAGUAUACCAUGAUUUUUAUUGGCAAUUGUUAUUUGUUCAUUAAUCGGUAUUCGUGAAUCAAUUACAAACCUACCUUUGUUCCUAUAAAUUAUUUUCACAUUUUAUUAGUUGUUAAUUGACGUAGGUAUAUUAUGUUAGUUUAUUAUGCAAGUCUGUAGAUUUUAUUUGCUUAAAAGAUUUCAAUUUGAUUUUAGGUUCAAGUCGCCAGAACAUAUACAACACGAUGACAAAAACGUUCGAAGAUGACAUUAAUGAUCUAUUAAAAUUUGUAGAAUAUUUUCCAGACUUUCCGAAGCCAGGAAUACUUUAUAAGUAAAAAUAAUUUUUAAGUAAUUGCAUUAUGACAAGUAAAUAGUCUGUUAUAUUCCCUUUCUUUAUAGUAGUUGAAUGAUUUUUUUUCUUGCCUAAUAUUUAAUGAUUUAUAAACAAUUAAUUGUGUAUAGGUAUUUUGCUUAAAUAUAUAUUAAAGUAAAAUGCAUUAUUCUGCAAAAUAAAUAAUACUUAAGUAUGUUCCUACCUAAUUUAAAAAUUAAAUUAUCAUUUUUUUUUUUUGAGUUACUAGGCAUAUUUUUAUAAAGUUUGUUUAUAAUAUAUUAUAUAGUAUAUUCAUUAAAAAAGUAAUAAAGCAUAUAUGAGCUCUUAUUACUCGAGGGUGGAAUUAAUUUAAGAGUACCAAAACAGGCUCAUUAGCUUCAUUUAUGAAAUUAAAAUUUAUAAACUAAUGGUUCACCAUAGUUCAUUGUUGUUAACACAUUAUUAAUUUUCACUUUUUGUUUAAAUUUCUAAUGUAUUAAUUUAUUAGGUUAGGUUAAUAUACCUAUAUGGAGGUUUUUAAACUUUACAUAAAAUUAUUAUAUGAAAUAAUAUUAUUAUUAUUAUUAUUUAAAUAUAGGGAUGUUUUAUCAGUUCUCAAUGAUCGAAAUGGAAUGCAAUUGUUAGAGAAAAUAUUAAAACAAAUUUCCCUUCAGUUAAUGGGUAAAAUAGACUGUGUAGCAAUGUUGGAAACUCGUGGUUAUAUUAUUGGUCCAAUAAUCGCACUGCAACUCAGUGUGCCAUGCAUACCUGUUAGUAAAAAAGGUAAUUUACCUGGUACACUUAUCGAACAGUCAUAUACUCUUGAAUAUGGAGAGGUAAUUAUAAAUAUUUUUGAUUAUAAUAAAAUAAUUUGUUUAAAAUUUUAUAAUUUUCAUUUCAGGAUAUUUUGACCAUACAAUUAAAUAGUAUUAAGAAAGGACAACGAAUAUUGUUAGUGGAUGAUUUCCUUGCUACUGGAGGUAUAAACAACUUUAAUAAUAUUUUAUUGGUGGAAUAGUUAUAACAUGAUAUUUUACCUAUAUUUUUCUGGCUUAGUAUAGGCUGUUCAAGCACUUUUACGCAACUACCACGCCUCUCAAUGCUUCUUUGUCAUUAACUUAUUUUUCAUCAAUUAUUACUUCUAGAAUUUAUUGAUCACCCUUAACACUGCCAAUCCAUCUUUGUCUUAGCCUUCCUAGUGGUUUCUGUUCGUUGGGGAUUCGGGAAAAUUUUUUGACCGUCUUGCAUAAAGGACUACUUUUUGUUUAUCUGCUUCUGUCCAUAUUUCACUCAUAUGUAAAUCAAUUUGAUGUACCAAUACUUUGUAGAAUUUAGUUAUUGUUUUUAAUGAGACAAUACACUUGCUAUUUUUCAGAUAGUCAAUAAUUUAAAAGCAGUAGAUAUUUUUCAGUAGGUAAACAAUUAUUACAAUUUAAUAUUGAAUAAAAUGAAAGUAUAUUUUUCUUAAAAAAUGUGGGAAUUAUUUUUACUUUAUGGGACACUAUUAUAUUAAAUUUGUUUGAUUAAUAAUAUAAUUUAUAAGGAAUCAGCUACUGGCUUUGCUAUUAUUUAAAUUAAAGAAGAAAGUAUCAAUAAUAUUUUUAAAAUAAAUAAUGGUCUGUUUGCCACUAGCCAGAGUAUAAUAUUUUUGCUGUUUAUAUAGUUUUAAAAUGAGUAAUUGAUGUUAAUAACUAUAAUUUGAAAUUAUUUAUACCUAUAUGACUUAGAUUAAAUUGCUUCAUUAAAACCAUUAAUCUUUAUAUUAUUUAAGAUCAUAACUACCAUAAAAUCAUGUUCAAUUUUUUUUAAAAUUUAUAACUACUAUGCAUUGGAAAAUGUAUGUCAAAAUUCAUUAGAUGUUUUUUAAAUAUUGUAUUAACAAAUAAUAAGUAAUGAGUAGGGUUUGGGACUAAAGGCCUUGUCAAACAGAACGCGUUAUUAUUGUUGCGCUCUUAACGCUAUCGCCAGAAUUUCAUACAGCAUAGAAACCAAAGAGUCAUGUUAUAGUAGGUUUGUAGUAGUUGAUUUAGUGUUUUAUGCUCAAUGCCUCAAUCGUGUAGGUUUUCAUUUGUAUGUCUGUAUCUUUUAAUCAAAUGUGUUUACGAAAAAUUAUUUCAGGGGUGUUUUAGGUUGUAAAUUUUCAUAUUCUUAUGACAAAAAUUUAUACAUACUUUCAAUUGUAGGAUUAUUUAUUUUUUAUUCAAAAUGUCAAUAUUUUAUAACAUUCAUUUUAAAUUCUGAGUAGAAUGAAGAAUCUAUUAGUUUUACAAUGAUGUAAAUAUUUUUAUUUUUUUUAAUGUAAAAUUAAUUUUUAAUUGUAUAGGUACACUCAAAGCCGCUUCAAAUUUAAUAAAAAAAAGCGGAGGAGAUAUUGUGCAAGGAUUAGUGUUAAUGGAAAAGUGUGAUUUAGAAGGACGCAAAAGAUUGGAUUUUCCAAUAAUAUCAUUAAUUUCAGAUUAAUUUUUAUUUAUAAUUUAUUUAUUUGUUUAUUUUUAAAGGUGUAUUAAAUUUUAAGUACACAAUUUAAAUGGCAUUUUAAAAAUAUGUAUUGUUCAAAAAUGUGAUUUAACCAAUUAUGAAAUAUAAUGUAUACAAACCAAUUUUUAUUUUUUGGAUUUUGUUUAUAUACCUAUUGAUAUAGAUAUAUAGGUAUUAGUACAUGAUUGUACUAAUAAAUAUUUGUGGAGG